GCGGCGAGAGCAGGUGGCGCGGCGGGCUCGGUCUCUGCCCAGCAGGUAUGAAGCGGCCCCUGAGCCCAUCUCCCCCGGGUGAGAAGGAGCCCCCCAUACCUGGAGCUGCUGAGUGUCCCCCUCGGCCGCCAGAACCGCCUAAGCCCAAACGGGAAAGAAAACGGCCAUCGUACACGCUCUGCGACGUCUGCAACAUCCAGCUGAACUCGGCCGCCCAGGCCCAGGUGCACUGUGGGGGGCGGGCCCACCAGAGGCGGCUCCGGCAGCUCAGCCUGGGAAAGACCCCCGCAGGGCCAGCUGGCCCGGCCUCCAGUGCCCCCAGCCCCCUGCUGGCCUCCCUGCCCCUGCCUGCCAGGCCUCUGCAGCCCCCGCUGGACUUCAAGCACUUGCUCGCCUUCCACUUCAAUGGCACCACCCCGCUCAGUCUCUUCCCCAACUUCAGCACGAUGGACCCUGUCCAGAAAGCUGUCAUCAGCCACACGUUUGGGGUCCCCUCCCCUCUGAAGAAGAAGCUCUUCAUUUCCUGUAACAUCUGUCACCUGAGGUUCAACUCAGCGAACCAGGCCGAAGCACAUUAUAAAGGCCACAAGCACGCCAGAAAACUCAAGGCUAUCGAAGCUGCCAAGAGCAAGCAGAGGCCACAAACCCUGGCCCAGGACAGGACGCUGGUGUCCCCAACCCCAACUCCGGCCAGCGAAGCCCCUGGAGAGCUGCAGAGCAAAGUUCCUGGAGCCCCUUCUCCUGGCCCCCCACUCCAGCCACCACUGACUCCAGACCCUGCGCCCAGGGAGCCAGCACACUCAGACCUCUUGGAUGCUGCCUCCUCUUCCUCUUCUUCCUCCUGCCCACCCUGCUCCCCAGAGCCUGGGAGAGAGGCGCCAGGGCCUGAGCUGCCUGCGGCUGCUGCGGAAAGUAACGCGAGUGGGGAAGACAGGAGUGAGAGGGGGCGCCUCUACUGCCCCACGUGUAAGGUGACAGUGAACUCUGCCUCCCAGCUGCAGGCUCACAACACAGGAGCCAAGCACCGGUGGAUGGUGGAAGGUCAACAAGGGGCUCCCCGAAGGGGCCGGGGCCACCCAGUGCCCCGGGGAGGAACCGGACACAAAGCCAAGAGAGUAACCGGGGGCCGGGGAGGCCGGCAUGGGCCCAGCCCCCCUUUUCACUGUGCGCUCUGUCAGCUCCAGGUCAAUUCAGAGACCCAACUCAAGCAGCACCUGAGCAGCAGGAGGCACAAAGACCGCCUGGCCGGGAAGCCCCCCAAGCCCUCCAGCCAGCACAGCAAGCUGCAGAAGCACGCAGCGCUGGCUGUGAGUAUCCUCAAGUCUAAACUGGCCUUGCAGAAGCAACUCACCAAGACACUGGCAGCCCGCUUCCUGCCUAGCCCGAUCCCCACUGCGGCCACAGCCAUCUGUGCCCUGCCAGGGCCCCUGGCCCUCCGGCCUGCCCCCACGGCAGCCACCACCCUCUUCCCGGCUCCGAUCCUGGGCCCAGCUCUGUUUCGCACCCCAACGGGAGCCGUCCGCCCUGCCACGGGACCCAUCGUCUUUGCCCCCUAUUAGCCCUACUAGGGGAGGCCAGGGCUGACAUCCCAGCAAUCGCUCUCCCCCUCCUCCUCUCCAAGAGAGGCCUCGGCUUCCUACAUCCCACAGGGCACCGCCUUUUACAGCCUCGGGGGUCCUGCCCAAACCAGGAAGAGCCGGCUAGUUUUAAGGGCAGUUGUCCUUCACUCAG